GCCUCAUAAAGCCUAUUCCCACCCCAACCAUCAGUACCAAACAGGCACUCUCCAGUCACCAGUGCGCCUGCUCUUCUGCCAUGGCUCAGUCACUUGGAUUGGGGUGGUUUAUGCUCCUUGUAGCAGUUGUACACAUAGAGGCUCAACAUACACCCUCUUUAAUGAUCAACUCCAAAUGCCUGGGGAACAUUUUGCGUGUGGAUGUCGGUCCUCUUGCAGGGAAUCUUGAAGUGUCCGUUGUCCAUAAUAAUGCCACAUUCCUCCUGACACCAAGAUUGGCUUCUCAGUGUGGCUUCAGUCUGAAAAUGGACUCGAUGGUAUAUGCGUCCCUUCACAACUGCUUUGCUCAAAAUGUGGACGAUAAAGCAUUCACGACCAAAAUAAAUCUGCGACUGCACAGGAGCCAUGUUGUUGAAGAUGAACUGUACCAGGUGGUAGAAACCUGCCACUACAACGCUUGGGCCUCCAGGGAAAUUGUCUGUGAAAACAACUAUAUACAGGUGUCUGUGAAAAAAGUAUCUCCCAAUGAUUACGCCCUGCCUGAAUAUACCAUCUCGGAUAAUCUAAGGUUUGGUGAUGCCCGAAGAGCUGCUGAGAAACCCAUAGAUGCCGGCUUCAGAAUCACAAACCUGGUGUUCUUCACUCCUAAGGAGAGGGUCAUGAAGGUGAUCGAUGCCCAGAGAAAUGGCUAUGGAAUUGCAAACACGGCAACGAGGCUGGUUCUGCGAAGCCCAAAGACUUCAUCUGAAACAUUCACGCAGAAUGUAGCUGGCGUGCCAAUGACUGUGCUCAAAACCUUGACCAUAUUUGAAAAGAAGUGGCUUGUGACUCAAAUCGCUGCAGAAGCUGCUUGUCCAGUACUUGAAGGUAGUGUUUCUUUCACACCAAACUUGAUCAACUGGUUCCUGCCGAGACACAUUGACCCUCUGAUUUCCUCCGGCCAGUUUAAACUGUUAGAGGUGCACAUGGGUGUCAAUGGCAGAAGGCUCGACUCUGCUGAAAUGGCUGCCAGACAGUAUUCCUUGUCUCUCAAUGGCCAUCACAUCGUCGUUGGAAUUCCUAUUGGGGCUGAAGGUGGCCAUUUCAAGGGUCAUGUUCAGGCUGGUCAGUACCUCACUUCUUAUACGAUUGAGCUAAUGCUGGAGUUGCGCUGGUCUGAAGACGCUACUAACGAGGACACGCGUUACAAAGUCUUCCUCCCUGUCACGACACCGCUGCUGUCUCGACCUGUGCAAGUUAUUGACAACACUGUUCCCAAGGAGCGACUAUUUAAGGUGCUACUCGGGCCGUUCGGCUCUGAUGUGUCACUAAUGAACAUUAGCUUCCCCUCUGAGGUUUUGUCCGUGGCGGACUGCAAUGCUAGAGGGUUUAAAGUCCUGGAGCACAUGUCCCCUAACAACAACUCCAAGGUCUUCACUCUUGAAGUGCCCUUCACCGACCGUGUCGUACUAGCACUGAGAGACAUGGGAAUCACAGUCUACUCUCUUCACCUGACCUUUGGCUUGGUGGUGCUGCCAGAGUUUGCUCCCUUUUGUCACACUGCUAAACUGGAUGCUAAAUUGGUAGACAUAGGUCCCCCCUCUGCAGUUCCUCCUGCUGUCUUUGGUGGCUGUGACUAUCAACAUUUCUAUAUCCUGGUGAAAUACGGAUCCCACGGCUUCAACUUUCAGACCGUAGUCGGAACACAAGUGUUGACCGCGGAGAUGGCUCAGCAGAACGGCUUCAUGGACAAUGGCACACAUUUCCGUUUUAAUGUACAUUUUACUGCCCCCGAGGUUGUGACUGAGGCUGUUGAGGCAUCAUCCAUCAAGAACAGACUCGAUGUUUAUCUGAGGAAUCCAGAGGCUCACACAAAUAUCAAGGAAUUCUCUGUGGCUUGCAACUUCUACUCAACGCUAAUUGAGUGUUUCCCUAAUGGAACCAUGACUGCUCUGGCUAUGAAACUGGAGUCUGUUCCCAGUCUGAAUCCCAGUCAGCUCACCCUCAAUGACCCCGCCUGUGGUCCCAGCUACAGCAAUGACCGCUAUGCAUAUUUUGUCUUCACUGCGAGCUCCUGUGGGACGACCAGAAAGUUCGUGUCCAGUAAGAUGCUGUAUGAAAAUGAAAUCUCUCUGCCAGAUGAACUUGAACUGAAAAGGGACUCGGACGAGCCGCAGUAUGAGCUAAAGGUUUCUUGUUCUUAUGACCUCAACACAAACCACGCUGUGUCCUUCAACAUCCGACCUCGCAGGAGUGACCCAUAUGCUGAAAAUGCAAGAGGCGAGCUCAAAGUUAAAAUGAGACUUGCUAUUGAUGACUCCUACACUACGUUUCACGGAAUUGAGGGGCCCAUCGCAAAGUCCCUACAACAGUCGUUGUAUUUUGAAGUGGAACUGAUGCGUUCUACAAACCCCGCCGUAUCUAUGGAGCUGGCUUACUGCUGGGCGACACUGGAGGACGACAAGGCAUCCCUUCCCAGAUGGGACCUCAUCAUUAAUGGUUGUGCAAACCCAAGGGACCCGCAACCGGUGAUCUUCCAUCCUGUUGUGCUUGAUGCCAGAGUUAAUUAUCCUUCUAACUUCAAGCGCUUUGAGAUCCCAAUGUUUGCCUUUGCCCAAGACAAAGAUAACUUGAGGCACCAGGUCUUUGUCCACUGUGACGUAGUGAUCUGUGAUGUUAGAAAUCCAGUGGAUAGAGCUUGUAAUGUGCAGUGUUCAAACCAGGACGACAGGAUGAAGGGUCAAAAACGUGCCAUUUCAGAAGACACCAGUUUCAAACAUGUGUCAACAGGACCCAUACUUAUGAUGAGCUAAUAACUCCGAAUAAAAAUAUUUUUAAA